UAGUUAAAAAUACAAUAGCACAUGUUUUCAAACGUUCACUCCGUGUAACAAACAUUGUAUCAAGCGAUGAUCCCUGCAAAAGUAAGGAUCCGUGCGCCGAUAUGAGCACCGAUAAGGGGCAGAUAGAGAAAGGAUUAGCUUUGCAGCCCAUCGAAGUCAAAGCUGCAACCCUUAGAAAACAUAAAAACGAAGCCAGGCAAAGACUUUAUGAAUUCGGUUUAUACGUCGCUGCGUGCAUACCGAAAUUUGUUCAGAAGAUUCAGAUGACUCACACGGAUCAGCUUGAAAUUCUCGUUGCUCCCGAUGGCCUUUUCUGUGUCUUAAGUUUCAUGGCUCAUCACCAACAUGCCUGUUUUGGUCAAUGCUCAUUAGUUACUGCUAUAGAUGUCCCUUCCCGCGUCUAUAGAUUUGAAGUCGCUUACAUGCUUCGAAGCUUCAGAUUCGCAACAAUGGCGAGAGUCAAAACUUACACUGACGAAUUGACGCCUCUACACUCGGCUUACGAAUUAUGGCGUGGUGUUAACUGGUAUGAAAGGGAAACAUACGAUAUGUUCGGCGUGGUCUUUACGCAUCAUCCGGACUUGAGAAGAAUUUUAACCGACUACGGGUUUACGGGACACCCGUUGCGAAAAGAUUUUCCUCAGAUAGGGUAUACUGAGGUGCGCUACGAUGACGAAUUGAAGAAGAUCGUUUAUGAGCCGGUAGAAUUUGCCCAGGAGUAUAGAAGUUUCCAGCUGCAGUCGCCUUGGACUUAUCAUAGAGAGUUUCACGAGGGCUACAACUGUCCACCUACCCCACCCAAAAAAGUUUGAAUGAUUGAGCAGCCCUUUAAUUAUUUCAGUUAACUAAACUUUGGUUUGUUUGUCUAACAAUAAAUGUGUAUCCUUUUUCAAAUUCUUCG